AUGACAUCAAUGUUGGAUACGGGAAGCAGCGUAACAUGGUUCCCCUGCACUAAUCACUACAAUUGCUCUGAUUGUGGCAAUAUUGAUGAUGACCGUAAUUCUACAAAUUUCAUUCCAGAACACUCCACUUCUGCCCGUGUAUUGGAGUGUACAAGCCCAGAGUGUCAGAAAUUCCAUGUAAACAAUCUAUUUUGCAAUGAUUGCCACGAAAGCUCCAAGCCGAAUAAUUGUACCCAACUAUGUCCAUAUAACAUAGGAUACGGAAUUGGAUCGACCUCUGGUUUUUUCUUGUCAGAGACCCUUCACUUCUCUGACGCAAUCCAAGUCAAGGAUUUCGUCGUCGGCUGCUCCACCAAAGCAUCCCAAAUGUCCGUCGGGAUAGCGGGAUUUGGCCGGAAACAAAUUGCAAUGCCGGCCCAAUUGGGGGCUAAGAUGUUUUCGUAUUGCUUAGUGUCUCAUAAAUUCGAUGACACUUCCAAGACUAGUCAGCUCAUCAUGGUUAGGGAAGGCAGCGACGGCGGUGGCUAUCGGAGUAACGAUUCCCAGUCUGGGAUUGUCUAUACUCCGUUCACGAGAUUUCAAACUGUAGAAAGCUAUUAUUAUGUUACAGUAACAAAAAUCACGGUAGGUUUGGUCGACAUUAAAGUCCCGAAUCGGUAUCUUGUGCCAGGGCCGGAUGGCAACGGAGGGACGAUCGUUGAUUCCGGCACUACUUUCACGGUGAUGGACGACGAGAUUUUUCAACUGGUGUUGGCAGAGUAUGAAAAUCAAAUGGGACAGUAUUAUCCUAGAGCUGAUGAUCUUAAUAUAGACAACCAUGCGAAUUUGACGUGUUACAACGUAUCCGGGUCAAAUCCGGGGAAUUAUCCAGAACUGAACUUCUAUUUUGAAGGUGGAGCGAAAAUGGCAGUUUCCAUAUCGGAUAGUUUUGAUCCGAACCCGGAUGUGGUUUGUUUGACGCUACUAUCUGCGCUGAUACUCGGAGAUGAUCAAUCCGGACCGUCCAUCAUUCUGGGCAAUUUUCUGCAACAAGAUAUUUACUUCGAGUAUGACCUAGAAAACCAGAGGCUUGGAUUUCGAAAGCAAAUUUGCUAG